GUGGCUCCUGCGCUUGCGCGAGUCCUCGGAGUCCUUGGCGCCGCCGCCGCUGCCGCCUCGGAGACUUGGCGGACGGGUGAACCUCUGGGGUGGUCCGGGCCGACGCCGGUGGCGGCAACGACCACAGCGCCAACAUGCAGAGCUGGAGCCGCGUCUGUUGCGCUCUCGCCCAGAGAAGCCAUUUUAGUCGGAUUCGACAUAGCUUACAAGGCAUUACUGCAGUUCCAUUAAGAACCUAUGCGGACCAAGUUGAUGCAGACAUUACUGUUGUUGGAUCUGGCCCAGGGGGUUAUGUUGCAGCAAUCAAAGCUGCUCAGCUUGGUUUUAAGACUGUCUGUGUGGAAAAAAAUGAAACACUAGGUGGAACUUGUUUGAAUGUUGGAUGCAUACCUUCAAAGGCCUUGCUAAACAAUUCACACCUAUAUCAUUUGGCCCAUGGAAAAGACUUUGCUAGUAGGGGAAUUGAAAUUACAGGACUCAGGUUGAAUUUAGAGAAGAUGAUGGAGCAGAAGAGUGGUGCAGUGAAGUCUUUAACAGGUGGAAUUGCUCACUUGUUUAAACAGAAUAAGGUGAUGCAUGUGUCUGGGUUUGGAAAAAUAACUGGCAAAAACCAGGUCACAGCAACCAAAGAUGACGGCAGCACUCAAGUUAUUAAUACAAAGAACAUUCUCAUAGCUACAGGCUCAGAAGUAACACCUUUUCCAGGGAUUACGAUUGAUGAGGACACAGUUGUUUCAUCUACUGGUGCUCUGUCUUUGAAACAAGUCCCUGAAAAAAUGGUGGUGAUUGGUGCAGGGGUCAUUGGUGUGGAACUGGGUUCAGUCUGGCAGCGUCUGGGUGCAGAUGUGACAGCUGUGGAAUUCUUGGGCCAUGUUGGUGGAUUGGGCAUUGAUAUGGAGAUUUCUAAGAAUUUCCAGCGUAUUCUCCAGAAACAAGGACUGAAAUUUAAACUAAAUACUAAGGUUACUGGUGCUAUCAAGAAACCAGAUGGAAAGAUUGAUGUGUCUAUUGAAGCUGCUGCUGGUGGCAAGGCAGAAGUAAUUACUUGUGAUGUGCUUCUAGUUUGUAUUGGUCGGCGUCCUUUUACAAAGAAUCUUGGUCUGGAAGAUGUGGGCAUUGAACUAGAUAACAGGGGUAGAAUUCCAAUCAACAACCGGUUCCAAACCAAAAUUCCAAACAUCUAUGCUAUAGGCGAUGUUGUUGCUGGACCGAUGCUUGCGCACAAAGCUGAAGAUGAAGGGAUUUUGUGUGUUGAGGGAAUAGCUGGAGGUGCAGUUCACAUUGAUUACAACUGUGUGCCCUCAGUCAUUUACACACACCCUGAAGUUGCCUGGAUUGGCAAAUCUGAAGAACAGCUGAAAGAGGAGGGAAUAGAAUACAGGGUUGGCAAGUUUCCUUUUGCUGCGAACAGCAGAGCUAAGACUAAUGCUGACACAGACGGCUUGGUAAAGAUACUAAGUCAGAAGUCAACAGACAGGAUGCUCGGAGCUCAUAUUCUAGGCUCAGGUGCUGGAGAAAUGAUUAAUGAAGCUGCUCUUGCAAUGGAAUAUGGAGCAUCUUGUGAAGAUGUAGCCAGAGUUUGUCACGCACACCCAACUGUUUCUGAAGCCUUCAGGGAAGCCAACUUAGCAGCCUCAUUUGGCAAAGCUAUCAACUUCUAAAGUGAAGGGAAAUCCACAAUGUACCACGCACAUUUUCCUGUAAAAAUUGACUAAAGGCUCUGUGGAAAACAGGGUCUUUUGGACUUAACUCAGUGAACUUUUGUUUAAAAGUAACAUAUUUAAAACAAGUAGGGGUUUGGGGAAAAUCACCCAACAGUUGUAUAUUAAAGGUAUUUGCAUUACUGCUUGUUUGUACAGUCUUAAGUUUUGCAUAAGACAAACUGCAGAGGUGACAGCUCAAGGCUGUAGAGCAAUUACAUGGUUCCAUCAUGUACCUGGACAAAAUACAAUGGCUAAUAUUAUCUGGUCAUGUUGCUUUGUCAUUGCUGAGGAGUUGAUAUUGCCAUGUCAUGACAUAAAGUAUGCUCCUGUUACCUUUGUACAAUACUCUUGGAAAUUUGAUGAAAGCAGAUUUCAUCAUAGCACAAACUUUUAGUUAUUUUGAAUUAAAUCUACACUUAUUUUAAGCUUUUUUCCCCUAAUUAUGGUGCAGUGGACUUUUAAAAAGAAUGAAAUUGAUUUGGCUGUAAGAAUAUUAAUAAUCCAGGCUUUUUGCAUAUUGGGAGCACUUCUAUUUUAGUGGAACUUUGUAAAGUAACAUGAAGGUGUUAAGAAAAAAUAAAAUUGAAUGUCAAAGCAAUUGCCAAAAACCUUUUCAUGCUCAAUUUUACUUGUGAAGCUUCUUGGUUGCAAAAUUUUAAAAAUAUUUCUGGAGUGGCAAGUGAAAAAUUGCAAGUGGCUAAAUAAUUUCACUUGGAAUGGUUGGAUACUCUGUACAGAGAUGAGUUUUUAAAUUCUCCUGUACCAUGUGCUGGCUACACAGUUCACCUGUUGUAGCUUUUAAAUGCCUUGGCAUAGUGCCCUGUGAUGGUUUUUUUCUUAAUAGUAGAGUAUGAAUGGUAAUGUUCAGCAGCAAGGUUUGUAGAGAUUUUCCCCUGCCCCCCUCACUCCCACCGUUUUCAACACGUGUUGUACUUGGUAAGAGGAAUGCUAAGCUAAGAGUUAAAUGUAUUUGCUGGAUAUGUCUUAACGGAGAAAUAAAUUGGUCACUGUAGGGACUGGGUCAGGGGUUGUGGAAUUAUGAUUGGAAUACAAACAGAGAAAUGUUUAAGAAACACUAUCACAAAGCAAGCACUUUCUCAAGGUUCCCUGUAUAUGUUGAAUGAUUAUUUUAGUACUACUAUGACAAAACAAUCACUACAUGAUAUAUUAGUAAGUAAGAUACCACCUGGAAAUAAAACAUGUCAUGUAAACUA